AUGAGCCCCAGCGGGAGGAGCGAUUCGCUGGUUUUCCCUUACGGUGAGGACGCCCAGUCCCCGCACCCGCACCCGUUUCACCGGCGGAGCUGCUCGGUGAACGACGCUGCGUUUCUGGCGAAUCUCGAGGAAGGGGGCGGCGCCGCCGGUGGGUGGAGGCCCUGCAUGUACUUCGCUCGGGGUUUCUGCAAAAAUGGUGGGCUGUGUAAAUUCUCGCACGGCGAAUUUGGGGAAGCGGUUGAGGUGGGUUCUCCGAGCAAGGGCUUCUCUGGGUUUGACGAGCUCUUGAGGAUAAAAGCCCUCCAGCAGCAGAGGUUCGCCGCCAUGGCCGCCGCAAGAGGUCACCAUCCUCUUGGGUACAGCAAGUGCAUGGACUUGAUGAAUGAGAAUCCGAGAUUUGAUAGAAAUGAAUUCUUUCAAAUGUUGGCUGGUGGUGCGAAUUCGAGCUCCCGGCAAAUCUACUUGACAUUUCCAGCUGACAGCACAUUCAAGGAAGAAGAUGUUUCUAAUUACUUCAGUAUGUUUGGACCAGUGCAAGAUGUUAGGAUUCCAUAUCAGCAGAAAAGAAUGUUCGGGUUUGUGACAUUUGUGUAUGCGGAAACUGUUAAGCUCAUUUUGGCCAAAGGCAAUCCGCAUUUCGUGUGCGAUUCUCGUGUUCUUGUCAAACCUUACAAAGAGAAAGGAAAAAUUCCUGAAAAGAAACACCAUCAACACUUGGAGAGUGGGGAUUAUUCGGCUUGUUUAAGCCCUUCUGCACUUGACUCUAGAGAUCACAUGGAUCUUCCCUUUGGAUCUAGAAUGUUGUUUAAUGCACAAGAAAUGAUAUUGAGGAGGAAAUUGGAGCAAGAGGCUGAAUUACAGCACGCCAUUGAACUCCAAGGUCGGAGGAUGAUGAGCUUACAACUUAUGGACUUGAAAAAUUCGCACAACAAUAAUCACUUCCUCCCGGGCAUUAGGGGUUCGGGUGUCCCGAUUUCCUCACCUAGACAGGCUCGACUCUUUAUGAAUCAAAACUUCAACCAUUCGUCUGAUGAGGCUAAACUUGAAAAAUCUGAAGAUUUUGAUGGUAGCCAGGAGGCAGUCAAAUCGCUUCCUAUAGAAACCGAUCACAAUUUGUUGCGUGAAGUAACUGAAUCUCUGAGUAAUAAACAGCAGCAGCAGCAGCAGUGUUCGAACAAUGACGACUCCAUUUACCCUGAAAGAAAAAACAGCUUGGAGCAUGUUCUUCCGGAUAAUCUUUUUGCUUCGCCGACUAAAUUAGCAGCAGAGCACAACUCAGUAUUCUCCCAAGCUUCAGCUUCUACUGCUGAUAACAUACCUGUAACCAUAUCAGCAUCUAACAACAUAGCUUCUCUCAAGUCUUGUUAUCUUCAAAUGCCAAGCUCCCCGGACAUAGUCGACCGACGCGGCGGCGAAGCACUACACCGGGGAGGGGCAGACGAGCUGUGGGCGAUGAGCGACUCGGACUGGAGACGGCUGUCGCCGUGGCGUCGCGGAGAGCCCGGAAGGAAGGAGGCGACGGCGAUCUGA